UUCGAGAAUCGAGAAUGCAAACUUUCGAAUUGUGAGGUUACGUUGCAAGUCAUCAGAGUUGAACUGCAAUUACGUCAAAUUUUGAAAUAAAUAUGACAUUAUACCAUUUUGGAAACUGUUUAGCGUUAGUUUAUGUACCUUAUUAUUUAACAUAUAAGUAUUCUGGGCUGUCAGAAUAUGGGACCUUCUGGAAGUGUGUUCAAGCCGGUGGAAUUUAUGCCUUCACACAACUGUGUAAAAUGCUGAUACUUGCUACUUUCUUUCCAGCAAAUGAUGGUAGUGGACAAGAAGGAAUGGAUUUUGUUGGGGAAUUCUUGAAAGCUACUGUUGAUUUGGCUGAUCUUGGAGGCUUAUACUUAGUUCUUAUGGGUAUUCCUGGCAAAGGUCAUGCUAAAGUACUGACAGCUGGGGUGGGCUGGGCCGGAGCAGAUAUACUGCUAACUCGAUUUCUUUUGUUGUGGCUUGGUGCUCGCGGAGCUGAAUUUGACUGGGUAUAUAUCCAGAAGAGUUUCGAUUCUAACAUCAGCCUGGUGCAACACAUCACCACAGCCACCCUUGUAUGGCUUUGGUCUCGCCAUGAUCUCAAUCGCUCACUGCUUCCCAUUGUUACAGCAAUGCUUCUCCUCUGUACUUACAAGAUUUUGUUGAUGGAGAUUUUUGUUCAGGCCACCGUAAGUGGUCCAUGGGUAGCACUGCUAGUCCGAGCUAUCUACACACUUUGUCUUGGAGUCACUACACUGCAGAUUUAUGCUGGCUUUGCUCAGUCUAUUGGAGUUUACUAACUGCUGAAUAUGUGAUCAAAAUUUAUGAAUGUGCCAAAGUUUAAGAACAAAACUGUUUCUGUAACUUCUAUCUUCUGGGAUAUAACACCACAUAGUCUGCUGUAAGACAGCUGAUGUUUCUGGGGAAUCUGUUGCCCCCAUCUUCAGGGCCAAAGAACAAACCAAGCAAGAAACCACGGAUGGGGGUGGCAUGUUCCUCCAAAAUGUUAGCCGACUUUCAAGGGACUCCAUGGCAUAGAACUCUUCAUAACCACUGCUGUGAGAACCUCAAAUCUUCUUACAUAAUAUUAAUAUUAUUCCCAGAAAUGUUUUGCAAAGUAUAAGUAUUGUCAAAUUGUAAUUUCAUUAAAUUGAAAUUUAUGGAGAUUUACCUCA